GGCUUCCGUACUGUGACGUGGAAUGCGGAAGGGCGCGUCAGGCUGUAAACAGUAAAAGCUGAGGCUUUAUAGUGAAGUCAGCCUGUCACUGAAAAACUCCUGAUCUCUGCUGGACUGUGAGGAAAGCGUCUGACAACACGAUGGCAUCAUCAGCCCCUCUGUCCAAGGCCAACACCACCUUCUGUCUGGAUCUGUUCAGAAAGCUGAGCGACAACGACAACACUGCAAAUGUCUUCUUCUCUCCUUUUAGCAUCUCUUCAGCCCUGGCUAUGGUGAUGCUGGGAGCCAGAGGAAACACAGCCACACAGAUGUCAGAGGUCCUCAGCUUCACUAAGGCAGAGAAGCCACGGCGUGCAGGAGCACAGCAGAUGCAGAUGCCGUUGGAGAUGCCGAUGCAGAUGCAGCAGCAUGUCCAGUCCAUGCUGCCACCGCAUCUGCGGAAGUGUCUGAAAACCCAGGACUGUCAGGACGUCCACACCAGCUUUACCCAACUGCUGACUGAGUUCAACAAGGCAGAUGCUCUGUACGCCCUCAGUGUGGCCAACAGACUGUACGGGGAACAGUCCUACCAGUUUAUUGAGGAUUUCUUAACACAAACCAGGAAGCUCUACAACGCUGAGCUGGAGUCAGUGGACUUCAAAACCAGCUCUGAGGCAGCAAGAGUCAACAUCAACAGCUGGGUGGAGAAGCAGACACAAGGUAAAAUCAAAGACGUGCUGGUCCAGGGUGUGGUGAAUGACAUGACCAGGCUGGUGCUGGUCAAUGCCAUCUACUUCAAAGGCAACUGGAACAAGCAGUUUAAGGAGAACGCUACACAUGAUGUUCAGUUUAGACUCAACAAGAAUGAGACCAAGCCAGUGAAGAUGAUGCACCAAAAAUCAAAGUUCCCUUUGACCUUCAUCCCUGAAGCCAGCUGCCAGAUCCUAGAGAUGCCUUACAAAGGGAAGGAGCUCAGCAUGCUCAUCUUUCUACCUAAUGAGAUAGAGGAUGGUACCACCGGUCUGGAGAAGCUGGAGAAGCAGCUGACCUAUGAGAACUUUGUGGAAUGGACUCGUCCAGACAUGAUGGAUCAAACUGAGGUCCAGGUGGGUCUGCCUCGGUUCAAGAUGGAGGAGAAGUAUGACAUGAAGACUGUCCUGGUUAGCAUGGGCAUGGUGGAUGCCUUCGACGCGGCACUGAGUGACUUCUCAGGCAUGUCUCCUGCCAACGACCUGUUUCUGUCAAAAGUCGUCCACAAGGCUUUUGUGGAGGUGAACGAGGAGGGAACUGAGGCUGCUGCUGCCACUGCUGCCAUCAUGAUGCUGCGCUGUGCUCCGAUGCCUCCAGCCAUGUUCAUCGCAGACCACCCCUUCCUCUUCUUCAUCCGACACAACCCCUCCAUGAGCGUUCUGUUCGCCGGCCGGUACUGCUCCCCUGUGUGAGCACUACAUUGUUGAGGUUUUUCUCAGCUGGAGGUGGAGGGGGGAGGUUACAAUACAUCUACAACUGCAAUAAUACAACAUUUUAUUUGGUAAAAAAUGAAUCACCACCAUCAGAGUUUCCUGUAGCUAAUUACACCCUGAGCUCCCGUCCUACAUUUUCAGCACAAGGUUGAUGAGUAAAAACUAUGGUGUUGGAUUUUCUAAACUGUGGCUUCUUGUCUGCAUCACUCCUGAGUGAUUCUGAGUUUCUACUGUGCCUACGUGAACACUAGGCUUUUGCACUGUUUCACAUUUGCAAUCCCAUCCUUUGGAUCUGGUUCACUUUAUGUCUGUAAUACGUGUUUGGCCCUAUCUGCUGCAGCCUCACACCCCUACCCUAGUUUAUCUUUACCAUUAGAGUCUAGAUUGUGUUAUAUUGUACUUCACACCCUUUGAAGGAAUUGCUUUAUCACAGUGUACAUUGUGCCUUUUUCAUUCGGCAGCAUAGGUGAAGGUGAAGGUGAAGGUGGGGGUGGAGGUGAAGAUAUGAUGGCUGCAAGAUUCUCUGCACUUUAUCUACACAACAUGCAAUUUAAUGGUUUUAUAUAUUCAGUUAACCAAAGACAAUAUUGUGAUGAGAUCACAUAGAUAUGAUUUAUCCUUGAUAAUUAUGUAAAGUGCAGUUAUACUUUAUGUAAUGUACCAAUAAACAUAUAACGACUAUAGACUAAAAAGAACAAGAGUUUACAUGAAGUUUUGACCUGGCCUGGAGUCCAGGUCAUGUUUAUGUAUCCUGCUUUUACAAUGAAAUAAAAGUGUGUGAUUCACUAA